AAACGACUGCAUGAUCUCAUUUCUCAGUAAAUAUAUAGUUUGUUGGGUAAAGCUCGGGGAAAAGGAGAUUGAUCUCAAUCCACACAAAUCAAAUGGACGCUCCCUCAGGGCAACAGAAACUGGUGCAAGGCAGUUCGGCGGCACAGUUACACCUUGCGGCGGCGCAACGAAGUCGCCGGGCUUAGCAAGGCGGCAGCAGUCCCAGGGCGAGACGUCAACCGGGUCGGUUAUAUCAAACAUGUUUCGGCAGAGGAGGGGCUAAUUUCAACUUUUCCUAUCUUGGAGAGGUCGGUCGAAAAUACGUGUUUGUGCAUGUGAGAUUCCUCCAUAUUGGACGAAAAGCGGAUUAGCUGUGAGCAGACGACACUGACUGAAACACUGAAGCACCAUGACGUGUGUAAAGGACCACUUUGACUAGCCGGACCUCAUGCCACCUCUUCACGGCCAGAUAGCACUGCUUGUGAAAUGAAUACCAAGGUGAACAGAUUUCAAGAUUUCCAGAGCGUUAUCUACAAACAUAAAUAUCAAUUCACAUAAGAUUAAACAACUAAUCGAGAAAAUUAAGGUGAAUCGACCGCAUCCGUAGAGUCGACCUUGAACCACGUGACCGGAAUAUUGCAUCAUGACGUCACUUCCUGUGCCCUGACUCGUGGCCAUCUUGCAUCUGGUGAGGGCCAAGACGGGUAUCAGCCAUGCCCAGGACAGAUGCAGCUCCGUGUGAGGUGUGUGGGAGACGAAUGUCCAGUAAACGUGCACUUGAGUGUCACCUGAGGAUACAUACAGGAGAGAGGCCUUUUCACUGCUCCCAGUGCGACAGGACAUAUCUGUGUAAGAGCGGGCUACGUAGACACAAGCGAAAACACGACACGGCCACCACACAAGGCUAUCAACUGAAGGUUUGUUUCCCAAAUAUCAAGAGGAAACGUUUGGGAAAAGAAACCAAAGACCCGGAUAAAAGUAUAUGUGACAGUGAAAGAAAACAAGAAAGAACCACAAAAACGGAUAGCGAUGCAAGCAGGUUAGAUGGUGCGGGUCGCGAUAACCUCGUCGUGAAGCAUCUAACUAAAGAUGGGACCGCUGAUCAGGGAGUGUUUGUGAUCGACGACGAUGUCGUCCCUACUUUCAAAGACACCCAAAAGCAUCAGGGAUUCAAACAGUCGAAAGUAAAAGAUUUCAAUUAUAUGUGUGAUAGCAUUCCUCCAUCGUUCGUUAACGUUGCAACAGCUAAUGAUAGUGAUGAAAAUCAUACAGAUCGUCCUUUAGUGUUGGGGUGUCGGAAUCCGAACACACAACGCCAUGCUCAUGACAAUGAUGCCGCUGUUAUCGGCCCCGUGUUGGGAAGUAACCGCGUUUCUGGUAAUCUACCCGGAAAGAGUUUUGGUAUGUACCUAAAAUCGGUGCUUGCUCAGCAAAAUGUGGAACAAAUUCGUAAAAAUCCUUAUCAGUGUCAUUCGUGUCAGCGUUGUUUUGCGAGGGAAAGUGUGUUUGAGAAGCAUAUACUGUCAUCAAACUGUCAUUUAGAAGAUAAAAAACAAGUGUUUGACUGUGUUGUCUGUGACAAGGUAUAUGCUUCUAGAUGUAUUUUAACCCGUCAUAUGAGAACACACACUGCGGAAUACCCACACCAAUGUGAUGAAUGUGGGCGAAGGUUCCAUCGGCGAGACAAUAUGUUGAGACACAAAAAUGCACAUACGCGUGGCGACGCUGGCAACGUGGUCCUCUCCAAGGCAGAUUAGACGUCAUCCAGAUGUCGCAAAACCCAUUCAAAACAUAAACAAAGAACCCAGAGGAGACGUUGACGUAAGGACACGCUGUUGAUGUACAUACAGGGAGGAGACGUUGACGUAAGGACACGCUGUUGAUGCACAUACAGAGAGGAGACGUUGACGUAAGGACACGCUGUUGAUGCACAUACAGAGAGGAGACGUUGACGUAAGGACACGCUGUUGAUGCACAUACAGAGAGGAGACGUUGACGUAAGGACCCGCUGUUGAUGCACAGACAGAGAGGAGACGUUGACUUAAGAACAAGCUGUUGAUGCACAUACACAGAGGAGACGUUGACGUAAGGAUAACGCUGUUGAUGCAUAUACAGAGAGGAGACGUUGACGUAAGGACACGCUGUUGAUGCACAUACAGAGAGGAGACGUUGACUUAAGAACAAGCUGUUGAUGCACAUACAGAGAGGAGACGUUGACUUAAGAAGAAGCUGUUGAUGCACAUACAGAGAGGAGACGUUGACGUAAGGACACGCUGUUGAUGCACAUACAGAGAGGAGACGUUGACGUAAGGACACGCUGUUGAUGCACAUACAGAGAGGAGACGUUGACGUAAGGACACGCUGUUUGUGCACAUACAGAGAGGAGACGUUGACGUAAGGACACGCUGUUGAUGCAUAUACAGAGAGGAGACGUUGACGUAAGGACAAGCUGUUGAUGCAUAUACAGAGAGUAGACGUUGACGUAAGGACACGCUGUUGAUGCACAUACAGAGAGGAGACGUUGACGUAAGGACACGCUGUUGAUGUACAUACAGAGAGGAGACGUUGACGUAAGGACACGCUGUUGAUGUACAUACAGAGAGGAGACGUUGACGUAAGGACACGCUGUUGAUGUACAUACAGAGAGGAGACGUUGACGUAAGGACAAGCUGUUGAUGCACAUACAGAGAGGAGAUGUUGACGUAAGGACACGCUGUUGAUGCACAUACAGAGAGACCGCCUCCGUGGUCUAGUGGUAGAACGUCCGCCCGGAGAGCGGAAGGUCCGGGGUUCGAUCCCCGACCGCGUCAUACCAUAAGACGUUAAAAGAUGGUACUUGUUGUUACCCUGUCUGG